GAAACUGAAGCGCCUUGAGUGCAGUACAUUCUACGUCUGACAGUGGAUGCAUGGUUAGGAGUAUGCCUGGUUAUAUGAGAUAGGUGGUCUUAUAACGACGAGAAUAAAUAGUUUCAGCACUUCUGAUGCAACCUGAACAAAAGAGAGUUACGGGACCAAACGUGGAAGAAAAGAGAGGACGCGACAAGCUCGUUCUGGACUCUUCCUGGAUAUCCCAUGCGAAGUUCUGAAUCGUUGUUGUCCGGGGAAAGAAAGAGGGGCCUGGGUGCAGUCGUCUGCUGAACUAACGUUACUAUUAGCUGCUUGGCUAGCUUCCUUACAUAUUUUCAGCUGAGUUGGCAGUGUUUCUGCAAGUGUUAUGAAAGUAUUGUCCGGAGAUAGAAAUACUGAUGUCACAUUAGACAUGAAUGUAGUGUCAAUGUAUGGUAGAUGUUGCCUGUAAAUUGACUUGGCAGUUGACAGGUAACGUUAGCUUUCGUAAGCUGGCUACAUUACCGAUCCACAUAGCAAGCUAGGGGUAGUUUUCUAGUUAUUGGAAGCGCAUGCUAGCUAGCUAUCUGGCAGGGAAAACUGUUUUCUUUCUUGAGAGUCCGUUCAUAUUACUUAGAACAAUAGGCAGCUAGCAAACACAUCGUUACUAUCUACAUUCCUGUGUUGUUGGAACGCCUGUGUAUGAAUUAUUGGUGAUAGUCAAAUAUAGACCCUUUGUUAAUGGUUGACAGAUUAGCAAACGUUAGCAAGCUAACAAUGAAGCCUCGGACCAUUCUAGUUAGCAAGCUAAAGUUAGCUGGCUAGUGGACGCAAAAGAGCGAGUUGAUAUUUAGAGUAAGCGCAGAUGUUUUGUCAUUGUCAUAUCGAGCUAUUCUUUUGAAACAUAUGCCGUUCGUUUGUACUAAAUGGCAUUGAGAUAGGAAAAAACCUCUUUCAAAUGCUGUAGUUAGGCUAACGUGACCUAGCUAGCGAACAAACGCUAGAAGAAAUGGCCAGUGUCUGUGUAAACAAGUUAGAUUGAAAGGUAGCUGGCUAGCUUACUUGGUGCGUUGUCUGCAGUUUGCAUUCUAUAGUAAUGAGUUGGUGUGAUUUGAGUGACUUUUUUCGUUGUUUUGAGAUUGUUUGGUUUGGUGAAUUACUCCAAAUAGUUUUUAACCAUUAAAAGACUGAAAGGUCCGAAACUGCCAGCUGUAAUUGUCAGUUGGCCCUGCAACACCGAGAGAACUUGUACCUUGAAGUCAUUUGAAGCCACCUGCCAGCCAGCUUAUUUUGGCUGGAAAGGUUCAUGAGGUAGACUGGAACGCGAAAGACCUCAGGGGUUUACAUCCUUGGCAUCAUUUCUGUUGCCCCAUUUCUGUUGCCACUUACUUGAGCUCAGAUGUGAGGGAGAAUGACUACCCAGGGAAGUCCUGUGAAGAGUUACGACUAUCUCCUCAAAUUCCUCCUGGUGGGGGACAGCGACGUUGGGAAGGGGGAGAUUUUGGAUAGUCUUCAAGAUGGAUCGGCUGAAUCUCCAUAUGCAUACAGUAGUGGAAUCGACUACAAGACCACCACCAUUCUGCUGGACGGCAGGAGAGUGAAACUUGAGCUCUGGGACACAUCAGGCCAAGGCCGGUUCUGCACCAUCUUCAGGUCUUACUCCAGAGGGGCACAGGGCAUCCUGCUGGUGUAUGACAUCACCAAUCGCUGGUCCUUUGACGGAAUCGACCGCUGGAUCAGAGAGAUUGAUGAGCACGCUCCGGGGGUUCCCCGCAUCCUGGUGGGUAACCGGCUGCACCUGGCCUUCAAGCGACAGGUGCCUACAGAGCAGGCGAGGGCGUAUGCCGAGAAGAACGGCAUGACCUUCUUUGAAGUGAGCCCCCUCUGCAACUUCAACGUCAUCGAGUCCUUCACAGAGUUGUCGCGCAUCGUACUAAUGAGACACGGCAUGGAGAAGUUCUGGAGACCCAACCGAGUGUUCAGUCUGCAGGACCUGUGUUGCCGAGCGAUCGUGUCCUGCACGCCGGUGCACCUCAUCGACAAGCUGCCGUUGCCCGUGGCGAUCAAGAGCCACCUGAAGUCCUUCUCCAUGGCCAACGGCAUGAACGCGGUCAUGAUGCACGGGCGCUCCUACUCGCUGGCCAACGCCGCCGGCGGCUCCAAGGGCAACAGCCUCAAGCGGACCAAGUCCAUCCGGCCCCCACAGAGCCCCCCGCAGAACUGCACGCGCAACAACUGCAAGAUCUCUUAGCCUGGGGACGCGCGGGCCUCCAGUUGGCCCGCACACCUGCACACUUCACACACGUACACACACACACUUACCCAGCUAGCACACCUGUCUGCCUGAAAGACCAACUGACCGACUUACGGCUCCUGAGUCCUCUAGCUCAUACACACACACACACACACACACACACACACACACACACACACAUACACAUAUAUAAAUACAUAUACACACACACACACACACACAAAGAAAUUCACUCUUCCCAACAUCUCUAAGGGAGUUGUUGUGUGAUGGUAUGAAAAUGCAGUCAAUGCGAGUGGUUGGCUGAUUUCCCAGAGCUCUGUAAGGGUCAGUUUCAGGUACACAGACAGGUGUUUGCUCCUGUGAACUCUGAUGUGUGCCGUGGGUUUCGCUUGCACUUGCCUUCAGUGGAGUCUCGUUUAGGUAAGGGAUCCUUCAGUCGAGCAGUAAUAAGAUGGCUGUGAGGUGUGUGUCUCUCGCCGGACGAUACCUUUUGAAGUGUUUUAUUUUUUUUCCUUCCUCCCCCCGAUCACUGCAGCUCAUUAGAGGAGCAGUUUCUCUUAAACUUUACUAAUCAGACGCUCCCCCAUCCCCAACGCCACCACCCUGGGCAGGCCUCACAGAGCGGUCCUGAUGUCGGCGAUGAUCAGUGCCCACACAGACAGGCUCUUCAAACGCAGCCCCUCGACUGCCAUUUAACCCUUAUGGCCUUGGAGGGUGUGUGUGUGUGUGUGUGUGUGUGUGUGUGUGUGUGUGUGUGUGUGUGUGUGAGUGUGAGAGAGAGAGUGUGCCACAGAAGCCUGAAUGAGGAAAAAUAUGUCUAAUGGACACUGCAUCUUGCAUGCUCAAAAUUAUACCAGUUAUGUUUAUUUAAAAAAAAAAAUAUUCAGUGAUCAUCCAGAAUGAAUUAGUGCUGCAAUGUGUAUUCUAAUGUACAUGGAUUUGCACUGUGCAAGGAAAAUUAGUAAUCUUUCUUUUUUUAUGGGUUGAUGCUACAAAUGGUGAUUUGCACACACUAUGAACUAUUUGACAGUGUCUCUAUUUUUACCCUUGGAAAUCUGAAUAUGGGGUUGACAUUUUGCGUCUGCCCAGUUUUUAAGAAGAUGGAUGUUUGUUGGCUUGCAGGGAGCAGCACUCAGCAUUUCCCUGCGUGAAGGGGGGCUAGGACAGUGGUUCACUGAGGGGCUCGUGCUCUUCCCCGUCCUUGCUGGAAAGACGCCAGGCUGCAGUGAGGACCGCUCGUCCUGGGGACUGCUCUGAUGAGGAGGUCCUGGCCCGCCCGACAAGUCUUUUACUUCUUGGAUCACGUCCUGCAUUCCUCAGGGGGACAGUUCUGGCAGAGUUGCUUUUCUUUUUUUCUUUUUUUUUUUUUUAACCCUCCCGUUUCCAUCUCUGUCAUGGAUGAGUCUUGUGCACUAAGAGUCAGUUAGUGGAUUUGGAUUUUUUUUUUUUUUUGCCUCCCCCGACUCCCAAAAUGCACCAAUGUGUUUUUAUCAGCAUAAGUGUUGUUUUUUUUUAAUUUUUUUUUUUAGUAAGCCCAGGGCCAUCCUUUCCUGUCCAUGUUUUUGUUGUAUCCUCUCCCAGCUCAACCCUGGCUUGACCUGCUUGUGCCAAACCCUUCCCCAGCCACACAUGAAGAGGAGCUCCUGCAAUUUGCUCCUUUCCACAGCCCUCAUGUUGAAAAGCUGCCUUCAAAAGUCUGCUGGCCUAAUUCCACUUCUCAUCAAUGUUGUGGAGAGUUAAACUAGUAUUUCAUUCCCCUAUCCUCCUCUCAAAUGUACCUAUUUUCUAGAUGCUAUUUUCCAUACCCAAAUUAAUUCAGUGUUACAUAGCUGAGCAUGUGGUUUUUUUUUAGGCACUUGAGGCAAAUAGGACUUGAGCCUCAGGUUGCACACAGAACAAUGCAUGGUGUCUGGAGGCUGUGGUUUCGAUUGUGCCAAAGUGGAUAAAAAACUUUAACUUUAACAAAAAAAUAACAUACCGCACACACUAAAAUUAACAUAAAAAGAAGCCUGUAAGUAGGAAAGCGAUGAGAAUGACCCCGAGUUUAUAAUAACUAAGCACAAACCGCUGUUAAGGCUACAAUCCUUUUUCGCAUAACCAGCAAAUAAGGGAAGAGUAACGUAUAAUCUUUCGCACGAUGUAAUUUCUUUCACAUCUCAAUCGCGGGGGGGGGGGGGGGGGGGGAGUACUGCAUUGGAGAGGAGAAAGGCUUGUUCUUGCGCCCUGUUAUAUUCGCAGCACCUCUCUCUCCCGCUCUCGUCUAAAGCGUGUUGCGCCCUCUGGCUCAGCGGUGCAUCUCCUCGGGGUACGAUGAUUCAUGACGGAUGAAUAAUGGAUGCUCUUUUCACGUCUCCGGAGGUUUCCUUCAUCAAUCAGUCGGCUCUGCUUCAUAGUGCCUCACCUCCCCUUCUUUCGUCUCCUCUCCUCUCCCAAACUGAAGACCUGUAAAGCUAUUGCUCCCUCCUCCCCUCCCUCUAUCUCAGGGAUCAGACCCAGCCUGCAGUCCAAGGCCCACCACAUGAAGCCUACAACCCCUCAGGCUGAAUGGUGGACUGCCCUUGGCAGUGUGUAGUUCUUUAACAUCGCCCCUAUCCGCACCCCAGAUUUUCCCCUCCCAAAGCAGUGCAGUGCAGCUGCCUUACCCUCACUGUUAAUCUGAUAAGCUAUCCACCGUUAUCUUCCACAGCCUGCCAUGAGAGAAAACAGCGAGAGUGCACAGGGGUGUUUGUAGGGUUCCAACCGGGUUAUUUCCUCUUGUGUGGUAACUGGGUUUACCAGCGUAGCGCCGCAGAUGCUACAAGCUAUGUGUUGUCGCUGGUGCUACGAGGCCGAUUGUGUAGCCUGUUCAAGUAGUAAACAAAAAAGUCUGUGAUGAUAGGAAUGGUUUUGAAGUACAGUGUCAUUAUCUUUUGGGCCCUCCUUCCCCAGACAUCUGCCGAAUCGUUAGAUAUUAGUUUGUAGUCAGGGGAAUGGCAAAGAUGUUUGUAUUUUUCUGUGACGCACAUCAUAAAGGUGCAACGAAACUAUGUGAAUUAGAGAAGAGCGUUUCGACUACGUAUUUUUUAAUUUUGUAUUGUGUUUUUUAAUGACGCCUCAAAUGUUGAUCCAGUUAUAUAUUCAGACUUUUCUUUUCUUGUUAAAAUAUUUUCUGGUGGAUGUGAAUGAUUUUUGAAAGGAAUGUUGUCAGAGGAUAGUGCAGAAGACCAGGCGAUCUCAGAUUUUUUUUUUCUCCUCUGUGGGUUGGAUUAAAGGGAAGUGUUAUUGACGUUAUGAAAAUACAAUUGUAAACACUAGUUUUCCUUUGGUUUAAGCUGCUGUGUAACUUCAAUGAGAAAUGAUCAAGUGUUCUUGGAAAACAACAGCGAACAUUUGUUUUUAAAUUAUUGAUUGUACAGUUCCUAGUGUAUGAAAAACGAGGACUUUUUCACAAUAAAACUGUUAACAUUCA